AUGGCAAGCCUCCGAAAAACUCACCCCCUACUAAAAAUUGCAAACAACGCACUAGUUGACCUACCCGCCCCCUCUAAUAUUUCAGUAUGAUGAAACUUUGGUUCCCUGCUCGGCCUCUGUUUAAUCACCCAAAUCCUUACAGGGCUCUUCUUAGCCAUACACUACACCGCUGACAUUGCUACCGCCUUUUCAUCAGUAGCCCACAUUUGCCGAGACGUAAAUUAUGGCUGACUCAUUCGAAAUAUUCAUGCCAAUGGUGCAUCUUUCUUUUUUAUCUGCAUUUACUUACACAUUGGCCGAGGCCUAUAUUAUGGCUCCUACCUCUACAAAGAAACAUGAAAUAUUGGAGUUAUCCUACUUCUUUUAGUUAUAAUAACCGCUUUUGUCGGAUAUGUCCUACCCUGAGGACAAAUAUCAUUCUGAGGUGCCACCGUCAUUACUAACCUCCUAUCUGCUGUGCCUUAUGUAGGUAAUACUCUUGUACAAUGAAUCUGAGGGGGUUUCUCAGUAGACAACGCCACCCUCACUCGAUUCUUUGCCUUCCACUUCCUCUUUCCUUUUGUCAUUGCAGGAGCUACUCUAAUCCACCUGCUAUUUCUUCAUGAGACAGGAUCCAACAACCCCCUUGGCUUAAACUCCGACGCCGAUAAAAUCUCCUUCCACCCCUACUUUUCCUACAAAGACCUCCUAGGCUUCGCAGUACUCCUGAUUGCCCUAACAGCCCUUGCCCUCUUCUCCCCCAACCUCUUAGGGGAUCCAGAUAACUUCACCCCCGCUAACCCCCUAGUCACACCCCCACACAUCAAGCCUGAAUGAUAUUUCCUGUUUGCAUACGCAAUUCUUCGCUCCAUCCCUAACAAACUAGGCGGAGUCCUAGCCCUGCUAGCCUCAAUCCUUGUUCUUAUAGUGGUCCCUAUCCUUCAUACUUCUAAACAACGAGGUGUCACAUUCCGACCACUCUCCCAAUUCCUCUUUUGAACCUUAAUUGCAGAUGUUGCCAUUCUUACCUGAAUUGGAGGAAUGCCAGUUGAACACCCCUUUAUUAUCAUUGGUCAAAUUGCAUCUUUCUUAUACUUCUUCCUAUUCCUUGUACUCACCCCAUUAGCAGGAUGGGUUGAAAACAAGGCUCUCGGAUGAUCCU